CUUGUCUCGAAAAUUGUCUGUGAGUUAGGAAGACUGUACUUGCAUAAAGAUCAAAACGUUCCUCAACUGGGCUUGCCAUGGCUUCGAGUCUGGCCGCACAACUUGCCCAAGGCGCCUCUCUUAAUUCGUCUCUACUAGUCGACAGGACGCGCCGCAAAACAGCAGAAUCAUAUCUUUUCUCUCCAAAGGAAGCUCAAAAAUAUGAUUUGAACACUGUCUUUUCCCUUGGGUCCAAUGGCUUCUUGCAGCUCAAGUCUAUAGAACCAUCGUUCCGGCAAUUCGAGCAGGCUCUUUUUUCAGAUGCUGCGAAGGCUACCGACAGGACGCUUCUACCAGUAGAUGCCGAUGCGCAGCUCAAUGAGAGCAUCAGUUCAUUCCUGCCGCUCCUAGGGCCGUAUUUGAUGGAUGCUCCGGCGGGAAAGGUUAUUGAGUGGCUCGUGAGACGGUUCAGAAUCAACGAGUUCAACGUGGAAGACGUUAUUAGGUUGUUCCUCCCCUACCACGAAUCGCCUCAUUUUGCAAAAAUGGUCACCAUCUUACAUAUCCAGGAACAGUCUAUGUUCCGCUUCUUAAGUGCAUACAAGACUACGGGCAAGGCAUUGCCUCGUAGCGCGCUCGUCACGGAGAUGCUGAAGAACUCGGACCUCUCCCGCUUUAUCUCUGGCCUGCUUCUCAUUGCUUUGAAGGAGAACGGUCCCAGUGUGCACAAGGCACUGGUCGCUUUUCAUACUGGCGUUCUGCUUGAUUUCGUCGCAAAGAGCAAGAUAUUGGACGAGGGAACUGUAGCAUUUUUGUUGACGGCAUCUCUGGAGCCGCUUCAACUCGUAUUGGAGGCCACUACCAAGGCGAAAGAGGCUAUUCGACAAGAAUCAAUUCUCGGAAUCCUUCUAAUUCUGGCCGGUAUCUCUCAAAAAUGCCACCUGAGUCCCAAGGCGCUCAACGCUGUUCUCAGUGCGGUGGCUGGCUGUAGCAAGGAUGUUACCGCGAAGCAGCUUAUCAGAACGACUUUGUGCAUCUGCGCUCCGCAAGAUGUCUCAGAGAAGUUCCCGCGGGCCCUACUCAGAGUUUUCACACACAAAGCUGACAUGCCUGCAGAGUUGAGGGAAGCUCUAGCAUGGGUCGGAUCGGAGAAAGUGUUACUUCCAUUAGUAACAGGACUCGUCUCACAACUCUCCAGAGAGCCUGCUGUUGAUCUACUCACAUCGACACUCGCACUCACAGAAUUGCCAAAUAGCAUCAGUCGCCAUGCAGCGGAAUUGCUGCUGAGAGACUUGAUUAAUGCUGAGGACCCAGCAGCCCCGGACGUCCUCACUGCGCGGAGCCUGUUGUCACAAUUGAAACAGCGUCAUGCGGAGGUCGUGCAACAGGCGUGCGAGGAAGCACUUAAGCAGGACGAAGGCAAGCGGGAGGUCAUCGAACAACUUGCGAUAUCUCUGUCGAUGUCUCUGCCUGGCUCAAGCGGGAAGAAUCGCCUUGACAAGAUUGUUGCAUCCGUCAGUGCCGAUGCUUACGUCCGUGCAAUUGCCGUGCGAAACCUAUACAGUACCUUGUCCGAUGGGUCCACUUCUUCUGAGGACGCUGCCGCUGCAAAAGCUGCUCUACGAGCUCGGAUACUCGAUACCGAUGCAUCAGUCCUCGAAGCUCUGUAUGCUGAACCGACAGAGCUUGUGCCUGUUCUGCUUGAGGAUGCUGCUGGUUACAUCUCGGCGCUAUCCGAGGUGCUUCAUUCGGCCACGAUAUCGAUCCCGCGGAACGCCACUCUCCUUCAUCUCGCCUUCCUAGCGAAUCAUAUAUUUACGCCACUAAAUGAGAAGGAUGCAUCCUUGGCGGAUCAUAUUGUGCACGAAUUAUUCUUCCCUUAUCUCCUGUUCUCCAAAGCGAAGCAGAAGAGCGCUUCUCUGGCAUGGGACAUCCUCGAGGCUAAGGAGAAAGACGUCCAUGAUGUCACUGGUAUCGGCAGGUAUGAGCUAUUGUGCGGGUGCGUCGAUGUUAUACGAUGGGAACAGGAACAUCGGUCGGAGGGUCAAGAAGACAGCACUGAGCUGCUGACGAGGAUCGACCUUGCUCUGGCAGUUAAGAUGGCUGAGAACAUAUUGGCGUCAGACCGCUACUCGCAGCAGUUCCAGCUGCUACUGGCGAAGUUGAGAGAUAACAAUCCCCGCUCACGUGCACUAGGCUACCUCGUCGCAAGAGCUCUGCUUAUUCGUUUGUCUGGGGAACAUCAGCUUAAUGCCGCUCUGCAAAUGCUGCAGGCCAUGCAGCUCAAAACUCUCGAGGGCAUGAGCGACUUCAUGCGAGGUGUCGACAAUCUUCUGACAUUUCUGCAUGAUAUGAGCUUAGGGACUGCUGUGGUAUUAAAGCCGAAUAGUGAACACACGCUGCAGAGACUGCAGACUGCCAUACUCACAAUGUUGCCGGUCACACCGCGUCCCGAUGGCAUCAAGCCGGACUGGCUCGCACCUCAUGACCCGCAGUCUGUUGAAGCCCAUGCAGAUACGCGGGGAAUCCGUUACGUCCAUCUCAUGCGCGCGGUUUAUUAUCUGAGCAAUUCUACGGCGUCACUACCCCUUUUGUCGACGAACCUCCUCCGCGCUCUGUUUAUGAAUCUGGCAGACGACGCUCUGGUAUUCCUUGCCGGCGUAUGGACGUCACCAUCUGUGAAAGGAGACAAUGGCAGCAUGCACGUCCGCGUGGCAGCCUUGUAUCAUGCUGUAGCGUUCUUGGAGGCUCACUGUGCCACAGAACAUUAUAUUGACUUCCAAACGAUAUUGCCUUCCAUCUUAGUAGCUCUGCAAGAUGCAGAACUUCGCGUAAGAGAGGCGGCUCUUGAGUGUGUGGCGAUCCUGGCCAAACUCGCACAGGCCAAGGAGGUUUCGUCCAUAUAUGCGUACGACACGAUUUACGGGCAAACAUCACACUUGCUACAAUAUGUCGACUGGGAGGAUUUUUGCAAGUACAUUAGCGCUUUGGGAUCGUUUGGGAAACAUUUCCUACACGAUGCAGGCUAUAUGCGUGUGUUCCAUCAGGAGUACCUUUCAAGCGGCAAAAACGAAAAGAAGAAAUUGAAGGGGUUCAAACAGAGGAUAGUUUGCUACUUGUUGUCGCAUGUGAACGCCUGCCAGCUUGCGUACAUCAAGUUACAUCUUUUGCAAAGCCUGGAGACGACGUCGAGCGAAGUGAAAUGUCAAAUUCUGCUACCCUCCAUAGAGACCGCAAUAGACAAUGUCGACAGUGCCACAAGCAUCGAUGCGUCUUCGCAAGAACUCAUUGCGCACCUUGCAUCCUCCUUCGAUGCCUCAGGUGCUGCUGACUUGAAUGACGCGAGCAAGUCAACAUGGCCAACGUUCGAGAAACUGUUGAGGUCUUGCUUCGGGAAUACUUCUCUGUCAGCUGCGAGAAGGACCCUUGCUUACCAGCUAGAACACGGGUUGUUCACGAAGUUGUCGUCGGAGCGUAAGGUUGACUUGUGCGACAUCUUAAUCGAUAUCAGUGUCAAUGACGCUAGUGCGAUGCCGGAUUGCAAGCAGCUACUUAGCAGCGUUCUCACGGACGUUGCCGUAAUCUCCAGCAUCCUCGUUCUCUAUCGGCCCAGCGUUGAAGACGUUCCCAACCGUGCCAGCAAACGCGCGAGGCUCGAGAAUGGGCCGAACGAAAGUGCCGAGGGCAAGCUAUUUUCACUGACCCUUUUAAUGGAGAUUUUGGGCUCGAAGCCGCUGCCCGGUUCCCUCGACCUGGUUGCAUGUCUUCUGGAGACCUUGAAAAGGGUCUCACAUGAUGCAUCGUCAAAUCCAGCAGAUAGAGGCUACACUGAACAACUUGUCAUGAAUGCAGUGGACAGUGCACUUAGCAAUAUCAAAGACACAACAAAACUUCAUCCGGGCAUCAUCCGAGUUGAUAUACUAAUCGAAUUGAUUAGAGGAGCCAAUAAUCUGCAGACAUUCCAUCAAGCUCUGUUGCUGAUAGCUGGGCUGGCGCGUUUAGCACCCGAGGCGGUCCUUCACAACAUCACGCCUGUCUUCACGCUCAUGGGAACAAAUGUCUUCCAUCGAGAUGAUGCGUAUAGCUUUAGGGUUGUUCAGAAAACCAUUGAGAGCAUCGUGCCUGUUAUGAUCUCAUCGUUGAAGGCCGCUCAUUCUGAUCAUCUCGAUCUCAUCAUCGCAGCAAGGGACUUCCUCCGCAUAUUUACGGAUGCGCAAAAUCACAUUCCUCGUCACAGACGGACGAAGUUCUUCACACAUCUCGUUGAUGUGUUGGGACCUGAGUUUAUGGCUCCCGUGAGCAUGCUCCUAGUGGACAAGGUAUGCAAGCGCGUCACAAGACAGAACGACGAAGAUGGCCGAGCGUCACUGGCACUCCCGAUCACUGUGUUGCAGCACUACCCAACACAACAGCGUCUGAUGGUAUGGGUACCGCUCAUUUCCGUUCACACUCCUCAUUCAUAUACUUUGCAGGUUAUUACUGAAAUGCUGCACGAAGUGAAGCGCCUGUUGAACAGGAGAGCUGACGCAAAUGCUUCGACAUUCCUUUCGCUGCCUAGCGACGACGAAACAGGAACGCAAUAUCCAAUGUGGAGACAACGUUCUAUUGCGCUGCUCAUUUUUUGUGAUCGAGCAAUGAGGGAGAUCCCUGUGAUCUCUUCGCCGAAGGGACAUCAGGAACGUGCAUCAAGCUCAGAAACUCUUUCUCUGCUGUUGAGCAUUGCCGUGCUUGAAGAUCCUGACGGUCGUCUGAAGGGAGUCACUUCGGCUGCUCGAGAUGCUAUGGUCAGCACACUACGGGUAGUGUCUGCCACAGAGUUUAUAUUGGGUAUUCUUGCAAUGAUCAGGUCGACAAAUAUCAAGGUUCAAAUGGGUGCUCUGGAGCUCCUAGCAGAACGUCUUCCUGCCGUAGCAGAUCGCGCUCGACAAGAGCUCACACCGACCGUCACGAAACUCGUUGGCCACAUCCGCGACAUCCUCGUGUCGAAGCCAGAAGACUCAUUGAACAACGCGGCAUUGCACGCGCUGCGCAGUAUCGGCGAUACGUUGUGUCAAGGAGAAGAAAAUUCUCUUACCGCGGCUGUUCCGCUUGUACUUGCUUCCAUUGCCAACGAGAAUGCUGCUGAGGCUGCCCUUGCGGCGCUUCUUGCGCUCUGUUCAAAGCUGGGACCGCGCAUGAUUCCUCAUAUCAAGCCUGUUGUACAAGAAUGUGUCAUCUUUAUACGUGGACACAAUGAGGGAACCGAAGUAGCAGCAGAUUCUGUCAAGGCAGCAUUUAGCGUUAUGCAGAUCUUGCUCACGACAGUCCCCACGUUCUGGGGUGAGAAGGAGCUUACCCAAGUCGUCCAGCUAUUCCUCGAAUUGUGUGGAUCCGAUGAAAAAUCAAGCAUGGCAGCGCCUGUCGUGAGGACACUGGCAAAACGCAUCCCGUCAAAGACUUUGCUCGAGACUCUUUGCAAGAUGUGGACAUCAUUGCAGCCCAGCGGGCAGACAAGCAACAUGUCCAUAUACUCGGGAUAUUUCCAUGUCAUGAAACGAGCCCUACGGACGGCGGGUCGUCCUGUUGUCUUGGAGCACUUGCGUCCGAUUUUCUCGACAUAUCAAGAUGCAUUAGAGUUGAGCGCGAAGGAUGAGAAGCGACAAAUCGAACAUGAGCUUAUUGCAUCGUUCCUGGAGCUUGUGGUGAAGCUCAACGAGACUGCUUUCAGGCCGCUCUUCCGAAAGUUGUCGGAUUGGGCGUUCAUCCACGGCAAGGAUGGACAGAGUACAAUGCGCGUCGUGACGUUCUGCCAUGUGUAUGACGCAUUGUUGGAUUAUUUCAAGACUUUGAUGAUCCCGUACAUGUCAUUCCUGUGGCAAUCGUUUCUGGAAUUACUGAAUAGGUUCAUCACUGCUGAUGUCAAUGAUGCCAUCGUCUGGUCCUCAGUGCUCGUAACAUUGACCAAGACACUGUCGUACGAUGAAGGAGCGUUCUGGCGGAAUGACAAACUUCAACAGCUAGUUCCUGUUGUCGUCAAGCAGGCACCCGUUUGCAUGCGAUUGCAUGCGAGCGAGGACAAGGCUGUGCUGUCUGACUGCUUGGUCGCGACAAUGGAGGCGGUCAAUGACGACACGUUGCUCAAGUCCAUGAACCUCGAUGUUUUGAUGCAUAGCCGCUCGGAAAACUCCAGAUUGCGUAUUUACAGCCUUGAGUGCAGCGAGGCGUUGUGGAAGGCCCACGGUGGAAAACUGCUAGGUUUCGUUGCGGAGACAACGACAUUCAUCGCCGAAUGUGCUGAGGACGAGAAUGAUAGCGUCGUGCGCGCGGCACACAAGCUCAAAGACGCAGUAGAAAGCAUAGCAGGGAAGAUAGAUGUCUAAUGGGGCUGGACGACCUCCUCACCUGUGGCGGCUUAGGCAUGAUGUCCUCAUUUAUCUCUGCUGUGAUUGUAUUGUCGCUAUUGAUUGCACACUUCGUAGCAAUCUCAUCCGCAUUCUUUCAAAGUGAGAUUGU